AUGAAUGUUGAUGGUGACAUGAGUGAUGAAACUAACUCGUAUGAUGAUAUUAAUGGGUUAUUGAAUGAUCAAUUUAGAGAUAUUGCACAAGUCGAAGGACUUUAUGAAGGUCCAAGUGAAGAUGCCAAUAAAUUCUAUAACUUAGUUGAUGAGGCAAGCCAAGAACUAUAUCCUGGUUGUAAAGGAUUCUCUAGAUUAUCAUUCACAAUUCGUCUAUAUUUGUUGAAGUGUCUACAUGGAUGGAGCAAUGCGUCAUUCACUUCUCUUUUAGAGUUAUUGAAAGAGGCGAUGCCCGAGUUGAACAUUCCUUUAUCUUACAAUAAUGCCAAGUCUAUGGUUAAGGAUCUCGGUCUUGAUUAUGAAAAAAUCGGUGCAUGUCCCAAUGAUUGCAUGCUAUUUAGGAAUGAACAUAAGGCUGAUGAAUAUUGUCAUGUUUGUGGAGCUUCAAGAUAUAUUAAAUAUCCUGAAGCAUAUAGCGAGGUUGAGUGUUCUAAAAAAGCUCAUCGCGUUUCAGCAAAAACUUUGAGACACUUUCCAUUAAUUCCUAGACUCAAAAGGCUAUUCAUGUGCUCCAAGACAGCGGAUACAUUAAGGUGGCAUGACGAGGAGCGUUCUAAAGAUGGCAAGUUAAGGCAUCCUGCUGAUGCCCAAGCAUGGAAAGACUUUGAUAGCUUUCAUCCGAAUUUUGCAAGAGAUUCUCGCAAUUUGAGACUUGGCUUGGCAAGUGAUGGGUUCAAUCUAUUUCGAACCAUGAGCAUAUCUCAUAGCACAUGGCCAGUUAUCUUAAUGGUGUAUAAUUUGCCUCCUUGGAUGUGCAUGAAACCAGAAUAUUGUAUGCUUUCUUUGCUUAUACCUGAGCCGCGGUCACCUGGAAAUGACAUUGACAUUUAUUUACAACCAUUAAUAGAAGAGUUAAAUGUGUUGUGGGAGUCUGGGGUGGAAACAUAUGAUGCUUCAAGAAAUCAAACCUUUCAAAUGCGAGCAGCUCUUUUGUGGACAAUUAGUGGCUUCCCUGCAUAUGCUAUGUUAUCUGGUUGGAGUACAAAAGGGAAGUUGGCUUGCCCUUGUUGUAAUUAUGGCACUAAUUCUCGCUAUCUUAAACAUAGUCGAAAAAUGUGUUAUAUGGACCAUCGUGUUUUUCUACCAACGGAUCAUCCAUGGAGAUCCAACAAAAGGCCUUUCAAUGGAAAAACAGAAUUUAGGCUUCCUCCACCUUUUUUGAAGGGAGCUGAUGUGCUUAAUGACUUGCAAAAUAUUAAUAAUGUCUUUGGGAAAAAGAGGAAGAGAAAUGAUGGCCCAUGGAAGAAAAAGUCAAUUUUUUUGAAUUACCUUAUUGGCAGCACAAUUCAUUACGUCACAAUCUUGACAUAA